CUCUUCUCUAUCUCACCACCUCCCACUGCACCGCCCCCAGAACCUCGUCGACUUUCCAACCGAACUAAACCAGAAACAUGUCUCGCACGUCUGACUACGAUGACCAUAAUAAAUUCCUGACCGAUGAAGCUGAAAGGGAAUACCCGCCCGAGCCGGAAGUCCUGGCAGCCUUUCGCACGCUGUUCAUGGACCCCACUGUUCCUGUCUCCGAAGUCGCUCGCCAGGCAGCAGCCCCUUUGCUGCGCCAGAUUACCCUCGAACCAAUCUAUAUCCCCGACUGCGGUGAGAUUUGGCGAACGCACAUGCGAGCAGUGCGUCGACUGGGGAAGUUCAACGAUCGUCUAGUCGAACUGAUUGUGGAGUUGUCCAAGUUGCCCGACAAGAACGGGGUUUUUCACCAGUUGCCGGACUUCGGGUCAUAUUGGCUUGAAUUUGGCUUUGAUUUUGCCGACCCCCUCCCAACAGACCCCGACAAGACCACCAUACGGCAAGAAUGGGUGAACGAAUGCGCCUGGGGCGCGAAACUGGCCGCUGUCCUACCCGUCCCCUCACUCGCCGAUUUCCUGGCCGAAGAAGGCGGCAUGAUCAUCCGCCAGACGCUCGAGAACGCCGACUGGGAGAUCUACCACCACCCGGACAUCGAGAAGUACGACGACGGCGCGGACGACGAGUGGUACGAGGAGUUCCGGGACCUGGAGAUUUUGAAGAUGGACGUCCGCACGCUCAACGGCAAGAUCCCCGGCGCCUAUCAAUGGAUCAAGUAUCUGGGUAAAGAGCUCUAUCAGCGGAACGGCCGACCUAUGCGCCGCGAGUGGGAUCACAGUAUCUGGAAGGGCCUGCAUGGUUGGUCGAAGCUGCGCUGGGCGUUCUGGAUUCAGCGGUUGCGGUGGGUGACUACCGUCACUGCGUUGGAUCGGCGCACUAAGCUGGUUGCUGUCCAGAUGGCGCGGGAGAUGGUGGCUAUUGCGGAGCAGUUUGGGGAUCGUUUGGAUGUUGAUGGGCCGGAGAAUCGGAAUGGGUAUCAGAGUGGGAGUGGCCGAUUGAAUGGGAAUGACCAAUCCGGUGGGAAUUGUGCGGUGCCAAAAUGA